AUGUGGGCGACCCUGUGGGUUGACCAGCCCGGCGACGAUGGCGAAUACCCCAUGCUCAUGCGCACCCAGACCUCGCCGAUGCAGAUUCGCACUAUGCAGGAGCGCAAGCCGCCCAUCCGCGUCAUCGUUCCCGGCAAGUGCUACCGCUACGAAGCCACCGACGCCACCCACGAGUGGCACUUCUAUCAGGUCGAGGGCUUGGCGGUGGACAGGGGGCAUCACAUUCGCCGAUCUCAAGGGGACCCUGCGUCGGCCUGGAUCCCGCAAAUCUACACCGGCUUCGCCUUCGGCAUGGGCCCCGAGCGCAUCGCAAUGCUCAAGUACGGCAUAGAAGACAUCCGCCUCUUCUACUCCAACGACCUGCGCUUCCUAAGCCAAUUCUAG